ACCGUCCUUCUCCCUCCCUCUCUCCCACUUUCUUUUUCUUAUUCUUUCAUGGAGGAGGAGGCCUCCUCUCCAGCUCCCCGGCCGGCAGAACCAGCCCCGGUGGUCGAAUCCGAUUGCCCGCCUUCCACGUCAUCAUCGAGACCUGUUGCCAGGAAACCCAGCAAGAAGAAGAAGACGAGGAAGACAGGGGCUUGCCCCGCUGAAGGUGGGCCUUCCGGAUCAUCCUCGUCACCUGCGCGCGCGGUAGCGUACAGGCGCCGGGCCCCUCGCUUGGCGCUUGGGAUAGCACGGAGGCAUGCUUCUGAGGCCGAGGCGAUCGCGCUUCCCCUCGGGAUGUCGCUGGCCGCAGUUGUUGCCCAGGUCCUUGAGAAGCAGGACGUGGCUAGAGAAAAGAUGUCUAUUGAUUAUAUCUCACAGAUUUGCACUUCCGCCGUCAGAGAAUCAUUAACCAAUGUUUUCGGCGAUAAAUUCUCAGGCUUUGCCGAUAACUUUGAGAAGUCUUUUGGGAGCACUUUAAGGACCCUUAGGCUGAUAAAUGAUUCAUCGUCUCAACGAGCUGUGGGAACUUCUUUCAGGAGGACGUUAAGGACCUUUGGACUGAUAAAUGAUUCAUCAUCUCAAACAGCUGCUGGAUCCCCGACUUUGGCGCAGGGCGGUUGCCCGGGCAAUUCUUGUAUCAGAGAUGAUUGUGAAGAGACAUUGCAAAACUUUGAGGAUGUUCAGGACAGUCAAUUGAAUUACCCAGAAAUCAGUUCACAUGUGCCCACAAAUCAGCUGGCCUGUGUUACUCGAAGCAAAUCGGGACCCAUUAUCCAACAGCCCAUGUACAGCACAUUCGAGAAAUCUGUCAUAGAGCAGACUCGGUCAAACAACCUCAAGACUUUGGAGCUUAGCCUCUCAAUAAAGAAGAUGAAGCUGAAAGAGGCAGAGCUUGCCCUAAGUUAUGAUGCUAACCACUUAGAGAGGUCAAAACUUGCAAUGGGCAUAUCGAAGGCUUCUUUUAAGUCUGAGAAGUUCAAGACUCAACUGAAGGACGUUAGGCAUGCAGAGCUUCUCAAGAAAUGUGCGGAUUGUCUUGUGGCGGGUUUGCUUUUCAUGUCAAUGGCACUUGCAUGUGGGGCCUAUGUUUUUUCAUACAAGAGGAUUUCUGAAGCUACUGCAUCAUGUGCUCCUCUAACACAGCAGUCCAAAUCUUGGUGGGUACCAGGGCCAGUGGCAUCAUUCAACUCUGGACUGGAUAUGCUCAAGUGCCAGAUCCAAGUCCUCAGCAGAAUGCUCUUCGGCAUUCUAAUGAUCCUUGCCAUUGCCUACUUGCUCCUUCAACGCUCUUCAUGUUCAAACCAGACAAUGCCCGUAACUUUUCUACUGCUCCUCUUGGGAGUCGCCUGUGGCUUUGCAGGGAAGCUCUGCGUUGACACUUUGGGAGGCAGCGGCUUCCACUGGCUGCUUGUUUGGGAGGUUCUAUGUUUGGUCCAUUUCUUCGCAAACAUGUUUACAUCGGUGCUGUUCCUAGUCCUCCAUGGCCCAGUGGAUGCAGCCCUUGAGCCCAAGGGACGAGCAGUAUUGAUUCCUUAUUGGACCCGGAGGAUCCUCUUUUAUGCCAUGGUCGUGCUGUUUCUCCCGCUAUUAUGCGGUCUCAUUCCCUUUGGAAGUGCCAGUGAGUGGAAGGACCACAUUUCUCGCAAAAUAGAGGGACUGUUUGUCAACGAUGAUGGGUUUAGUUGAUGCCGGACAUCGAAGGAGAGAGGAGUAUCCUAUUCAAAUUGGAACCAAAAUGAAGCAGAAUAAAUUGUCUCACAAGUGCGUGAUUUUAUGCGGUAUUUCCAUUUGGUUGUCUUUUAACUUAUGCCAAAGAUGGCCUUAUUGUAUUUUAUCCAUUAUGAGGCUUUGUGUUAAUAUGAAGUGUAUUUUAGGUCAAAAGUCCUAGUUUUGAAGAACAUUGAAGGAGAAAGGAGUGAAGGUUUUGAUGUUAUUGUAGAUUAAGUAGGAUUUGGGUUCUAUGUACUGAUUGUACACCAGUGUAUAAGAGGCGUGUACUUAUUUAAGUAGAUGAGUAUGCAAUGUCUUGUAUAAUUGUAUUUCGCAACAAAUGCUUCAGGUUUGGGCUGACUUGCUGGCAAAAAGAGUUUGCGGUUAAGAUUAA